AUCAGUUGUUGUUUGUUAAGAACUUGACGUCGUAGCAUAACGACCGAAUACAAUCAAACACAGAACUUGGUUUAUCCUCGUCAGCUAGAAUGGCACAUGAAGAUGAAUCUUCGCCCCUUGUGGGAGGUCAUUGUUACGGUCGACUGAAACCUUCUCAACCCGGUCAAAAGAAUAUCAAGCGUGUUAGCUCUAUUGCAAAAGAACUAGGCCUCGGGAGCCAGAAAGGAAAAGCGUCCGUGGUCAACGUCGGGAUUAACCUAGCGAAAACUGCAGGUAAGGAUGAAAUACCGAUCCAGAUUUGUGUCUAUACAAUGACACAGACGCAAUCAAUAUAUUUUUCCUCCUGGUUAAGAAACUCAUCUCCUUUUGUCAUGCUAAAUCAUCACUUGGAAUUUCGGUCAAAUAAAACUAUAUAUGUGGCUCGACAUUUACUAUCGCAGCGGGAACGGGGAUACUGGCACUACCAUAUGCAUGCAAACAAGGAGGCCUCUUGCUUUUUGUUUCUGGAAUGUUCUUUGUUGUCGUUUGGAAUGUUUCUUGUAUGAAGCAACUUUGUGAUGCUCUCGAAUACUUGGUGCGCCUAGCCGAAACUCCUCUCGAUUUUAACGAUAUCUCAUCGGUAGAAGACGGCCGAAAAAACAGUUUACUGGAUAUCAUUUUUAGACACUGCAAACAUGAUCGGUUUAGCAUCAAAUUUCGCGAUCAACCUCCUGAAGGGACGUCAUCGUUUUCAAAACUCGGUUGGUAUGCUCUCGGUAACUUGGGGCUGUGGUCGAUUGAUAUUAUGAUGCUCGUGCUACUCUCAUUCAUAAAUAUCGCAUUUGAAGUUGCAAUUCUGCAAUUUGCGGAAGCAACACCCUUUACUACUGGGGAAAAGAUGCUUGACGGGCUAAUUUUGGGAUUGGUAUUAGUGCCAUUUUGUAUCGUUGAUGAUUUGUCUGCUCUCUCAAAACUCAGUCGAAUGGGCCUCAUCAUUCUAGGACUAACGAUGUCAGUAGUCGCAUGGUAUGGAUUGAACGAACAAAAGGCCAUGGAAUAUAAUGCUGCCAGCACUUUCGAAAGGGGAGAAAGGGACACUGGAAUUAACAAUCACAACGACAGCAAAUUCAACUUAUAUCCACUCAAUGGCAUCGAGGGUGUAUCAAAAUGGUUCGGUUGCACUGUAUUUAGUUUUGGAAUCGUCCCACUUACUUUCAAUUUUAGAGAGUCCAUGGCAGAUCCGGAAAAGUUGCCCCAAACAGCAAUGAUUAGCAUGUCACUCGUGGGAGUGUGUUAUAUUGUGAUCGGUGUAUCCUUUUUAUACCUCUUUCCGAACAUUGAGAAUGACCUCUUGGCUGAAAUUCCAUCAACUGGUCUCUUAGCAACAACAACACGUAUUGCAAUGAUCUUGGUAGUGAUGGCGAGCACACCAUUGCUGAUCGUGCCUUGUGCGGAAAUCAUUGAAGGAAAAAUAUACCGAAGCAAGAGCGGUGACACAAAACGAUCGAAGACCUUAAUGAUUAUUAUCCGAAGCUCUAUCCUCUUCUUUACCGUAAGUAUUGCCUCUAAACUCCCCGGAUUUAUCUCAGUUUUGUCGUUUGUUGGUUGCUUCGCGGUAUCAAUGGUGAGCUUCGUUCUUCCACCAGGUUUGCAUUGGUUACUUCUGGGACAGGGAUUGCAUGAUGGUUCGGGAGAUAAUGAUUACACAUUAUGGUCCCGUACAAGCGAUAUAACCAUGCUAAUGGUGGGGCUUGCGACAACAAUAAUAACGACCUGGUUCACCGGAUCAUAAGAAGAUUACACGUCCAGAAAUUGGGAGGAAUGAAUUCUACUUAACACAACCGUUUCCACACCAUAUGUAGUCAAGACGAAAACUAACUCUCAUUACAACACUAUAUUGUUUCAGGAUCGUCAUUCGUAGCUACAGUGGCGCUUUAUUCAUCAUUGACUGCUUUGACUCCCAGUUGAUUUCGAAUUUGCUCGAUAACUCUUAAAUUCAACAUGGUCUCGUCCAAAGUGAAUUGAGGAGUUUCUCGCUUUCCAGAUGCAAUGCAUCUAGCAACUGCUGCAGCUUCGUAGCAAAACCCUGCACUAUUCGGGUAGAAAUAGCCUCCAGAGUUGAUGAUUUCUUCUGUAUCUUCAGGCAGAGGGUAUUCAAAAGUGAGAUUCUUCCCUACUUGACCUCGUCCUUGUGCUUUGACCUCUACCGUCAGCUUCGUUGGGCAAUGACCAGGACUUUCAAUCUUCAUUCGUCCACAUGAUCCAACUACUACAGUCUCUUCGGGAGUCUCACAAAGAAAACCAAAACUAAGCAACGCGACUCCGGAGCCUGGAAGCUUUGGAUACACGUUGCCAAGACCAUCGUCAUCUGCGGUUCCCAUCAACGGUUUUACUGUGUCAGUCGGUGAGAAAGACAAAGUGACUGCCGCUUGCAGCUCGACACCAGUUUCUUGGUCAACCUGGCCCAUAGCUUUUACAGCCUCCGGCAUGCGACCGUCAAAGAAAAGCGAUGCAGCAGCAAUAGGAUAUGGACCCACCAAAAGAUUGGCCCCGCCACCAAGUUUUCUUUGAUAAACAAAUGAUGAUGGGUACUCCUCGGAGUCGGCAGCGUUGAAAUUAAAGUCCGAAAACACGGUAGCAAUUUCUCCUAAUAUUUUCUCACCACCCAAUGCUAGGUCUCUUGCCUUUUGAACUGCCGGAAAGAAACGGCUCCACAUUCCUUCCAUUAUGAACAAGUCCUUCUCUUUGGCUAGAGAAAUUAGAUACUCCCCGUCUUCAACGGAGCAUGCAAAAGGCUUUUCUAGUACGACAUGUUUCCCUGCCAACAAACAUUUUUCUCCUGUACUUCUACGAAAUGAGUGGACAUUUCCCACAUACACUAUUUCUACCUCUGGAUCCUGCAGCAUUUCGUCGUAGCUUCCAUAGUAUUUGCCGAUUGAGUGCUUUUUCGCGAAUGCUUCAGCACUCUCAGUUCUACGGGCUGCGCAUGCCACAGUAGACUGGGUAGGAAGAUGUUUCAUUGCUUGGCAAAAAUCAUUUGAUACUCGACCGCACCCUUGGAACGAGAAGUAGGAUAGUUGAAGUCAAAACAAGAACCGAUUGGUCAGGUAAUCGAGAUAAAAAUAGAUGACAAAAAUGUGG